AUGGCCCCGGUCGAGUUUCCCGCCGAGCAGUACGACGGUUGGCAAUUUGUCUACGGUCGGUUCGUCUUCAGACCAGCCAUGUACAUAUUCGAGGGCGUGAUGCUCUCCUUCGUCCUCGUCUACGUCUUCAACUACUUUUACGCGUCCUGGUCCAACGAACGCCGUGCGGAAAAAUGGGUAGAUGCUCACCAAGAAUUCCUCGCUACUCAGUUCUCCAAGCCCGGCCAGAAAACGUCGCUGUUGACGGAUGGUCCUGACAGCUUCCUGUUCAGCACAGGCAGGCGUAACGUCCAGUCGCUCCACACCGUCUUUACAUUCCUGCCUCGCCAGGACCUCUUCCAGCUCUUGUUUACGUAUGGGUGGACGUUGUAUGACCUGCGCUACAAUCCGACUGACGAUGUCACGCUCGAUUUCAAACUCGGCAAUGUCAACGCUGCUCCAGCUGGUAAUGGCCCUCCAAUGGUGUGGGCAAUCGUCGACAAGGAUGAGCUGAAUACCAUCAAGUCGGGCCGCUGGGAUUUGACUAUUGCAAAGACUCAAGACAAUCCAACUGUGCCCAAAGAAUGCGUCGUCAUGUCGGAGGUUGCGGACAUUAGCGAUAGCAUCCUGAAAAAUAACGCCGCUACGCCACUCCUUGCCGCGUUGAAAGACCCAAAGAUUAUCAAACACUUCAAGUCUCUUAAUUACCGACUUGCCUUUGGCCCGCCCACUUGGACCUAUCAGAGAAAAGGAGCGACACGUCAUCCUAUCGCUCAAACUUCCCUCAUCCAGCUCGAAUUCGCCAACUUGACCCCGCUCAUCAAAGCUGUAUUUGGAUUGAUCGAUUGGGUCGAAGGCGGCAAAUUCAAUCUACGACCAGAGACAUUGAAAAAGCUAAAGACUGCCCGCGAAGAGCUCGAAAAGGACCUCAUCAAGGACGUGACGGAGGAAAAAGUCAAAGAGGCGGACGAGAGCAAGCGCGCCGCCAAACGUAGGGCAGAAGAAGAGCGUAUCGCCAAGUUGAGUGCAGAGCAGCAACGCAAGGCGAUGGAAAAGGAAAAGAAGCGUGCAAUGAGAAAGGGAACGACCAAAGCCCGGUCACCAAAAAGGUCUCGCUUGCUCUCGACCAACAUCGACCCCAACAGACGCUGCACCCCGUUCCGCAUGGAUCAAGAAAAAAUAGCAUCAAGUGGAUCUAAAGAAGUACCUGGUUCCACAAAAGAACCAGAGUUGUCGUCCACGCCGAUGGAGAACAAGGUGGAGGAUCUUUGGAAGAUUUACAACGACCACGCCGGCACCGUGGAUAGUGAGCUCAUCAAAGACUGGAAGGGUACCCUUGAUACCCUCUUGAUAUUCGGUGCCCUGUUUACCGCCGUCCUCACAGCGUUUAUCAUCGAAAGCAUAAAGCUACUCCAAAGGGAUGUGGGGGAAAUGACUCGAGAUAUCUUGCUCACGAUCUCUCAUCAACUGGCAAAUACGUCGAUGCCAGCCUUUGAACAGAAGGCGUUUACGCCGGAUGCUUGGGCAGUGCGUGUCAAUUAUUUAUUCUUCAUGAGCAUUUCGUGCAGUCUCGUUGCCGCACUCGGAGCAGUACUCGCGCUACAAUGGAUUGGAUCCUACGACUUUGGCCUCAUCAAAUCCUCAAUGAAAUCGCGUGCAGUUCAACGACAGCUUCGAUAUAAUGGCAUAGAAAAGUGGAAACUGGCUCAAAUCAUAUCAGCACUUCCACUUCUCAUCUAUAUUUCCGUCUUCCUCUUCCUCGUGGGACUAGCCAACUGGCUUUGGCAUAUCCAUCGCCGGGUCUCUGGAGUUGUCAUUACUGGCCUGGUCGUAGCGGGAAUGCUCUAUGUGGCUACUCAUACUAUCAGCGUUUUCGAUAUAGGUGCUCCUUUCCGCACCCCAGUCUCUCGAUCUCUUCCCUAUAUAUGCAGAAAGUUACAUUUAUGGAUCAUCCUCAUUGGAUUCAGCUUCAUUCAACUAGUUAAAGGUGAAUGGGUCAAGAAAUGGUGGCUGCUUCUGCAUGAUCACGACGAGACCGCUCGUCUAUGGCAGCUCAUGAAGCAUCGAACCAUGAAACUGCAUCAGCUGUGGCCAAAGCUUCGAUCUUCGUUUUCUGCACUACUUGCUGUCGUUAUGACACCGGCAGAAGCAAAGUUCUUUGACCAUCGAGAGCGACAAGCUAUUAAAUUAGGUCGAGUUCUAGACAGAGAUUGCAUUCUGUGGUUAGCCAGGAAUAUUGAUGACCUGCCUUCAUCGCGAUCACGCUUUGUCUCACUAUUCAGGGAGGCUGCCCUUAUACCAAUCGAGGAACUCACGGAUUCUCGGAUGAAUGCAGCCCCUUGGUCUGCAAUUUUCGACAAUGUGUUCGGAAAGUUCUAUGAAGAGGAGGGCACCUCUCCUAAGCGAUUUUCAAAAGAAGAGCUUGCAGAGUUGGAAACUCUUCUCAAGGCAGCUGCAUUCAUAGGGACAUUUGAGCUUGAACGCCCAGCUCGACGCAACUUCUCAUAUUUGUGCCGGCGGUUUCUUGACGUCAAAUUGAACGAUAUUUGGAUCUUUGCUGGAUUGGCAUUGUGGAAAUGCCUGGGUUACGAGGACAUCUUCAUUGCAAACCGACGUCACGACAACGGUUUGAUUCUCGUUCUCCCAAAACCUUGCAUUUAUAUGGUACUCCACCGCAUUUACCAUCCUAGAGAGACUCUAGACACACGCCAACAUCUGCUUGUCCACUUUCUGAGCCCGCUCACAUCUCCUGAAUACUACAAAGGAGAUCGACCCCUCCUUGAUCACCCUGUCAUCUUGAUUCUUAUGCAUAUAGUGAUAUAUAUUCAGGGUUAUAACUCCUAUCCGGGAUACUUAUGGGAACGGUAUUUCCAGGCAAUAUCCAAGCUUCCUUCGUCUGAUCACAAUGACUAUAACGUUUUAAGAACAUGCCACAGGGUCAUCCUUUUCCAUUUACUUUCUCAUGCACCAGGGUUGCCAGAUAUUCGCGACAAGUUAUUCUGUUCUCUCAUACAAGUGGAUUACAAUUUGGAAAUUUUCAGAGACGUGCGACCAAUCAUGCUCAUGUUUCUGAAGAAUAUGGUCAAGAAAGAUGAAGGGUCACUUACCGCAUCGGCAAUGACUCUUCUCAGUGUUAUUGUUUCGUGGCCCGAACAUCCAACGACCACAUCACCAGGCGCGCAAUGGGCAGGCAUUCUCGAAGCAUGUGAUCAAAUAUUAAAUCAGAAAAAUGACUCGGGGUUUUCACUCGAACUUCUCAUUUCGACAUUCUUAUUGGCAGCAAAAACUACUGAAUAUCGUGUCGAUCACCCACGCGAGGCCAAAGAACACUCUUUGGACAAUCCUUUGAUAUUAAUUUUUGCAUCUUUGAUCUUACCAGUCCGUUAUUCGCUCACCCGAUUGAAAAGCAUGGAGAUAUCCCCAGAAAUGCGCACCAAUCCAAGUGUUCCGGAUCUACUCAAAGCUUGGUGCACUCAUUAUAUACAUCCUUCCCAAGGAGACAUUGAUGCAGAAUGCAUGGUUCUGAUGGAGUCGGCGGAGGUGCAGGGUGCAAAUUAUAUGACGGACUACAUUCAUCGCCAAAGUAAUCAGGCUGCCUAUUGGGAUGUUCUCCUCACCAAACAUAUGACGCGGCUGCUUUCAAACCCUAUGGCAGCAUAUAUCUUGAAACAAAUCCAGGGCACUGCUUCUUUCCCAGACCAUUUCUUCAAAAACGACGGUAUCACAUGGGCGGUCAUCCAUCUCAAACAGUUGCCCAACAACGGGCGCCCACGAGAGGAUAUAGAGGAACUCAUUCUUCACUGUAUCAAGCAAUCCAAAAGCUCAUUCGCACUACGCAAUAGCUUGCGCUUGGCUGUUGCUUACGUCGAGGCCAACACUUUCAGAUCCUCUCAUCCCAACUACGGACCCCUUUUGGAAACCCUCCAUCAAGUCCCCAUUGCUACAGAUGCAGAUGAAGAUGAAAUGCAGUAUAUAUACGCCCUCAUUAAUCAAGCAAUGAGUGGUUGA